GGAAUUACACAAAAGUGUUAGAUUUGCUUCGAUAAAUUGAACAUACAUUGUCCAAUCAAAAUGGAUCAGAGAAAACUAAUUUUCGGUUAUCAAACAUUGCCUUGGCGCGAGUGUGUGGCUUAUGUUAUUUUUUCAAUAUCCCAUUUAUUAAACUUUCUUAAAAUCAGGAUGUCAGAAGAAAAAAAGGAAGUGAAGCCAGAGUCUUCUGAACACAUCAGCAUCAAAGUGCAGGGGCAGGAUGGUGGAACUGUUCAAUUUAAAAUAAAAAAGAACACAGCUCUUAGAAAACUUAUGCAUACAUUUGCUGAAAGACAGGGACUGAAUAUAAAUUCAAUACGUUUUAUGUUUGAGGGUUCAAGAAUAAACGACGCUGAUACGCCAGCAUCGUUGGAAAUGGAAGAGGAUGACCAGAUUGAAGUAUACACAGAACAAACGGGAGGCGUAUUAUGCAGGCAUUAAUAAAACUUUGUCUCAAGGUAUAUUUGUAAAUUGACUGUGGCCCAGCUGGAUGCAUCUCACCUGAUUCUGUUGACAAUCUAAUCUGCCUAUCUUAUGCUGAUAAAUUGUUGCAACUCUAACCAGUUAUUGAUUAAAGCAACUGAUGGGAUUCUUAGACAAAUGGACAAGUAAGAUUCCCAUGACGUAAACAAAUCCAAACAUAAUGUAACUAAAAUUUCCGUUACUGCAGUCAAAGUUUCAUAAAGCCAGGCACUCACUUUGUGCGGUGGUCAUCGGCCGACACAAUUCUAUAAGCAGAUGGUAUCGCUUCGUCUAACGCUCCAGCGCCAAGAGAGACGAGUUGGAUUCGUCGGCUGACGGUCUUACGACUGUCGUACAAUUCAUUGAGUGCCAGGGUAUAGGUGACGAACUGUAUAUACUGUACAAUGCACCCUCCAAUCCGAGACCCCUCUAAUUCAAGACCACUUUUCCAAAGACCCAAAUAACAAUCAUCAACCUUUUAACAGAAAGCUAGCCCUCUAAUUGGAGACCAACCCAAAUUUUCAGAUACUAAAGGUGGUCUCGAAUUGGAGGGCGAACUGUAUUAACAUUUUUAGCAGUUAGCCAUAAGGCCAUAUUUUUUAUUAUUGAUAUGAUAGUCUAUAGUGAAACUAUUUUGUGGUAAGCUGGUGAUUUUUUUUUACUGUAAACUGCUUACAUGAAUUAGGUAGUCGUGAGGACGAGGUGAAUAUGAUCGAUGCAGACCUGACGCAACGGCCAAUCGAGUUGGGCUGCAUCGAAUGACGCAGAAUGAGUCGGUCAUACGUAAAUUACAUAGUUUACAUCUUGAUGAAACAUUUCAGACAGUCAACUGUCAAUCUUUUUUUAUAUGGCCUGAUAUUUUGUUUCAACUUUGUAUUAUUUAUCCCCGUUACCUACACAAUGGUGCUUAAGUUACACAGCACAGAUCAUAGUGUUCAUUUUGCUAAAGUUAUAAAACAAAUGAGUGGGAAAAUAUAGCUGAAUGAUAGUAAGUCAAUAAUUUCCUAACAUUUUACCAAAAAGUGUUACUUGUUCAUGUUAUUGAGAAAAAAAUAUCCCU